AAAUAAUUUGUUAUCACCCUCCUUCCCCCGAACCCUUCUCACCCUCAUCGUCCGGAGGCUCCAUCACCACCACCCCCACGAUGUUCUCUCGCGCGAUCAGGUUAAACCGAGCGGUGCCUCUGCGCACUCGCACCCCCGUCUCUCUUGUUGCUUCGACCCGGUCUGUCACCACCAACGCUGCUUCGGCAACCCUGGAGAAGGGAGUCCCGCAGUCCGAAGAGGAGCCUUUCCAGAUUACCCUGAGCGAUGAGAGCUUCGAGACGUACCAGCUCGACCCCCCGCCGUACACUCUUGAUGUUACGAAGAAGGAGCUGAAGCAGAUUUACAAGGAUAUGGUUGUUGUCAGACAACUUGAGAUGGCUGCCGACCGAUUGUACAAGGAGAAGAAGAUCCGCGGUUUCUGCCACUUGUCUACCGGUCAGGAGGCUGUUGCCGUUGGUAUUGAACACGCUCUCAACCGCGAGGAUGACGUGAUCACCGCCUACCGUUGCCACGGUUUCGCUUACAUGCGCGGUGGUACCGUUCGUUCCAUCAUCGGAGAGCUUCUCGGUCGUCGCGAGGGUAUCUCGUACGGCAAGGGAGGCUCCAUGCACAUGUUCGCCAAGGGCUUUUAUGGCGGUAACGGCAUUGUCGGUGCGCAGGUGCCCGUCGGCGCCGGUCUUGCUUUUGCCCACAAGUACAAUGGCCGCAAGAACGCUUCCGUCAUCUUGUACGGUGACGGCGCCAGCAACCAGGGUCAGGUCUUUGAGGCUUUCAACAUGGCCAAGCUCUGGAACCUGCCCGCUCUGUUCGGAUGCGAGAACAACAAAUACGGCAUGGGUACUGCUGCCGCCCGCUCUUCUGCUCUGACGGACUACUACAAGCGUGGUCAGUACAUUCCCGGUCUGAAGGUUAACGGCAUGGAUGUCCUCGCCGUCAAGGCUGCCGUCAAGUACGGAAAGGAAUACACUGUUGCCGAGAACGGACCCCUCGUCCUUGAGUACGUUACCUACCGGUACGGUGGUCACUCCAUGUCCGACCCUGGUACCACCUACCGUACCCGUGAGGAGAUCCAGCGCAUGCGUUCCACCAACGACCCCAUUGCCGGACUCAAGCAGAAGAUCAUCGACUGGGGGGUUGUCACUGAGGAUGAGCUCAAGACCAUCGACAAGGAGGCCCGCAGCUUCGUCAACGAGGAGGUCGCCGCCGCCGAGGCUAUGCCCGUCCCCGACACCACCCCCAAGAUCCUCUACGAGGACAUCUAUGUUCCCGGCACUGAGCCCCAGUUCAUCCGCGGCCGCACCCCUGAUGAGACCUACUACUUCCAGUAAAUGUCUUCCUGAUGACGAAUAAUUGUCUCUUAAGCCUUUCUGUCCUAUUGUACAAUACCUACUAGCUAGAGAGGGUGAAGUGGUCACAAUCUGAAUAUGGCCGGAAUCUGCAGAUAUCCUCCUGCCUGAACAAAGUCUGUUCCUACUUGUGUAAUUGGCGUGAGGUGCAAUUCGACAUGUCGGUAGAUAAUUAGUAGUGCACCGCAUUUUCGUUCCUGUCGAGUAUGUACUCCAUAUUAAACCCAAUUAGUGCAUAUCAGAUAACUGCCUACUGUAGUUAGUUACCUGCCUAAAUUUAGUGGGUCUCGCUCGCGUCGCGGCAGGCUCAAUUAAUGGCAACGCGCCUGCCUGGCGCGUCAAGCAUCCG